CAUUACAAGGACAAAGGAAAGAUUUCACGUGGAGAGUAUUGGUCAGGAAGGGUUUGUUGUCCUUUACCCCAAAGUGAGACAUGUAGAAGAACGUGCGUAACCGCAACGUCUUUGGAAGAACUUACUUACAAUCAAGGUUGUCGACAAAGCGACGAGUUGGCCUUCUUCAGUUGUCUCGAACGUCAAAGCAUCGGAGAAAUGUGUUGUGCUCACGCAAGAACAAAUGAAUGCAGAAAUUCCUGCUUCGAAAUUUUCAAAAACCAUUUAACGCCCACAAGACAACAACGUAAUGCCGUGGUUGAAACCUGUCAAUACAACAGUCCAAAAGUGUUAAACUGCGUCAAAAACUAUACCAAAGUUACACCGGUUGAUAACAUACACAAACAUUUACAGUGCUGUGAUAAAUCAAACAAGAGUAAAUGCCGAGAAGUUUGCAAAAACGUACUUACCUCAGACUCAUCAUCUCAGGAGAUCAUUGACAGUUUACAAAUAGGAGGCUGUGGACCGCCUCUUUUACAGGACCACUUCUGGCAAUGUUUUCUUAAACCGGAAUUAAACGUAGCUGUCGCAGCUGCAUCUUCCUCUAAACUAUCCAGAAUUGAUCGCGUAGGAAUGGAUUCUGCAAAAUGGCAUUGUUGUCAAAGAUCAUCGAGCAACCAGUGCCGAAAGUUAUGUUCACGAACGUUCACUAAAGAUUGGACCACGUCUUGGGACGAAUUUCAUAUUAAAUGCCUUAGUCAUAAAGGAGAAGAUGAACUUCGAAGUUGUAUUGAAGAGGUUGACGAACCAUGUGAAUUGGGUUGUGAUGGUUUAAAUUUCUGUACAAACUUCAAUAACCGACCCACCGAGUUGUUUCGGUCUUGUACCCCUGAAGCAGAUGAGGCCGCAAGAAAUGAUUUUACAUUGUGGCAAAGCCAUAACGAGCUAGCUCUACCAGGUCUUUCCUUACCGCUAAAAAAUAUAUCACAAUGUUCUCCGGAUACUUGGAAAGCUGUAGCUUGCACGCUUCAAAUAAAACCAUGUUCUCGUCACGAUCCAAGCGAUGCACUUUUGUGUCGCGACGUUUGUCUUCAAGUGCUAACACGUUGUGCCGAUUGGCAUGCCGUUUCGCCUGAACACACUGCUGAGUCUGUGUGUAAUGCAUUAUCACCUUCUAAUAAUAAUAAUAAUAUUGAUCUAUCAUGCGUACCACUACAAAAGUACCUACAUCCAUCCGAAAACAAUUACCAAAGAGUAGACGGACAAGUGUCAUUUCCAUGCAAAGGUGAUCCGUGUGAACCCAAUGAGACUUGCACAGUAAAAAAUUAUAACGAAUGUACGAAAGAUGGAGGUGGUUUUUGCCGAAAGACACUUCCUGGAUAUACCUGUACUCCCGGCUGCAAACUAGGAGAGGUAUCUGAGUAUGCUGUUCCCUCUGGAAUAUUCGUACGAAUCCCUAUUCCGAACAAUCCUAAGGGAUGUUUAAAAAUAUGUCAGUGUUCUGAUAAGGGGAGGUUCGUGGAUUGUCGGCCGCUUCCGUGUGUUCAAUUAAACAAUUGUUGGAUGGGUGAUGGUCAACAAAAGGAGCAUGGAAGCACGUUCGAAUUGGAUUGUAAUACUUGUAGCUGUUUUGCAGGAGAGAUUGUUUGCAGUAAAAAGCAAUGCCACUUAUCAACCAAUGAUGAAAAUCACGAUCUUACAGAAAAUUCUGCAAUCACAUACACAACACUACCCUGCAAUUGCCCACCACAUUAUGUUCCCGUUUGUGGACGAAACGGAGUAACCUACCCUUCGUCCUGUUUAGCCAAAUGUGCUGGCUUAAACGACGGAGACUUGGACUACGGAAGCUGCGGCGAUCCUUGCAAGAACCAUCCUUGUCCUAUCGGUCAUAAAUGCAUCUCUAAUCCGCAGAUUUGUUUGUCAUUAAAGCAUAAACCGUGUCCGCAAUACCAAUGCAUUAAUGGUACAGCCAAUUGCAAAGACCUUCCAUUCGAACCCGUAUGUGACAUAGAUAAUAAAGAAUACGGAAACGCAUGCCUCCUAGCACAUCAUAGUGGUAAACUAGCUUACAGAGGUCCUUGUUUAAAGAAAUGUCGUUCGUUGGGAGAAGUUUGCGGUAUAAAUGGUCGCACCUAUACUUCAGAGUGCGCAGCUUGGAGCGACUUUACUUCGGUAGACUAUAAGGGGCCCUGCGUUGCUGUAGGACUCAUGUCUAAUGGUAACAAUCCUGGUCCACGGCAAUGUGAUGAGUCCAUCCAAUGUACGCCCCUUCCUGAUAUUACAUGUUUCGGUACUACUCCACCUGGUGCCUGUUGUCCCAUUUGUGCAGGUGCAAUUAGAAUCUUAUAUUCCAAAAAACAAGUUGACCGUGCAUUGUAUAUUUUUUUGCAAGAACAACGUUCGGCUUCAUCCCUUACACUACAAGCGACACUUAAAGCCCUUGAAAGGCAAGUCCAAGUAGCACAAUGUGUUCUCAGAGGCUACCUAACUAUCGAACUUGACAUAUUUAUUUUAGUUCAAACAACUGAAAAAUAUCCAUCUGAAUUACAAUUAGAAGCAUGUGUUCAAGAAGCGGAAAAAAUUGCAAACUUGAUUAACCGGCAGAGUCCAAGAAUAGCUAGCGAGCUCAGUUUAAGUUCAUUAAUAGCCGCUACUGUUGUACACUCCCGAUUUGCUACUUCUCGUGGCUGGGCCGUGGGAGUAAGCAAAAAUCUAGUCCUAGUUUUCAGUACGAUCUUCGUUGCCAUAACGUUUUUUUAAAAACAUAAAAAGUACAGUGUGUAGAUGCAUUUCCAAUUGUAAAUUUUACAUUCUGCGCAACCUACUUGACAAAUCAAAUUAUAUUUAUAAGCAUAUUUGUUAUAUUUGUUGUCAGAUAAGAGCUAAUGGAGAUGAAAUGGUAAUUUGUAAGAUAUAUUAUUUAUAUCCAAAGAUUUUAACUCACAUAUGCGUAGAUUCUAAGGUAAGUAAUUUUGAACGCCAUCCUUAUAUUUUUUUCUGCAGGCUUCUUGUCAUUCUAUUCCAUAACAUAAUAAAAUAAUAACUACUGAAAUCAUUGUUUUACAAAAAAAAAAGAAACAACAUUCAACACUAACAUUAGUGCGUUCUUAAAUUAAAUAUAAAUGAGAAGGAAAUGCUAUAAUAUUGCUAUAAAAUGACGGAAAAUAGUUUCAAAUGAAUGUUUAGAAAGUAGAUUAGAACGUAAGCAAUGCUAAUGAAUAGGUACCUAAUAAGUGAAAUUCCUUAUUCCAAAAACGAACAAUUAGUCUGUUUCGUAACUAAUCACUCAACUACGGCAAAAUCAAAAUAAAGGUAGGACGUCAUUAUAUAUCGGUAUAAUUGUAUGUAUUAAUAUUUACUUUAUUUAUUAAUUUUCAGUCUAGAAAUGUGUCAAUCUUGAUGAAUAAAUAUCGUUAGGAAAAACGUUUAUUCUCUAAACUGACAAUUCCGUUUCGCUUACAGGUUCAAUUUUUUUCAAACUACAUCUGUUAACCAGUAAUUGUUCUCCCAGAUGUCUCGAAUGACAUAAUAUUCUUAAGAUGUAGAAACAUUAACUCAAAACGCACAGCUGUA